AAAUAAAUAAAAUUAAUUAAAUUAAAAAAAAAAAAUAUUAAUUUUUUUAAAUUUAAAAAAUAAAUUAGGAAAAAAAAAUUAUUUUUAAAAGUCAAAGGAAAGCAAAAAAAACAAACAAUAAUUUAAAUUUUAAAUACUAUAUUUUAUUUUGUUGUGAUCCCUGAUCUUCAGUCAUUCGGAAAAUUGGAAAAAGAGAAAUCCGGAAAAAUAUCAAAAGAAAGAAAACUUCACUUUAAUAAAUUUAAACAAUAAAAAAUAAAAAUAAUAAUAAUAAUAAUAUACCAAAAAAAAACAAAUUAAAAAGAAGAAAUUAAAAACACACAUGCACAUAAAUAAAUAAAUGCAUAUGAACUGCAUAAUUUAAUGUACUUUAGUAGUAUAACACUCUUAAUAAAACUCUUAAAAAACAAAAAAAAAAAUAAAAAUUAAAUGAGGUUUUUGUUUUUUAAUUAAAUUAUUAAAUAAAACUAUAUAAAAUUUAUUCAAUAUGUGGAAGGAAAUUGGUAUUGCAAUAAUAUUUUUAAUCUGUGGAAUAUAUUGUGAAGAUUCACCAAUACGUGUUAUAACAGUAAAUUUUAAUCGAAAUUCACCACAUUUUGAUGAAAUUGAAAAUUCUCCUGAUGAUAAUAUACCUACUAUUUUAGAAGAUGAUAGUAACGAUUAUAGUGAUAUAGUAUCAUCAUCAGUAUCAUCAUCAGUAAUAUUAGAUGAUACAACAAUACAACCAUUUUUUGUAACAACAAUACAGUCGUCGAAUAAUAAUAAUAAUAAAAAUAAAAAUGAUACAUUAAUAAUAACAAAAUUACGGAGUAGAAAUUCUAACAAUAGUAAUAAUAAUGGUAUAAUAGGUGUAAGACAAAAUCGUGCAUCAAAUAGUAAUUGUCCUAGAUCAUGUCCACCAGUAACAACACCACCAGAACCAGUAUGUGGAAGUGAUGGUAUAAUUUAUGCAAAUAUAUGUGAAAUGAAAAAACGUACAUGCUCAAGAAUACCAGUUAAUCAAGUCAAGGAAGAUAAAGAGGGAUGUGAAAGAGCUAAAGGAUCUGAUUGUAAACAUCGUUGUCCAACUGAAAAAGAUUUAGUUUGUGGUUCAGAUGGCCGUACAUAUUUAAAUAGAUGUAUGCUACGAGUACAAUCGUGCCGUGUUGGAGCUUCUGCACUUACUUUAUCACAUGUUGGACCAUGUACUAAUACAAGUGCUAUAAGAGAAUCAUGUCCAGUAAAUUGUGAUAGCGCACCAAGAGAUGGACCAGUUUGUGCUUCUGAUGGCAACGUGUAUAAUUCAACAUGUGAAAUGAAACUUUUAACAUGUGGUCAAGGUGUUGUUAAAACAAAUCGUAAACAUUGUCAAAGUACUAGAAUGUGUCGUGAAUCAUGCUGGAGAGUAGCAAGACCAACAUGCGGUUCUGAUGGACGUUUAUAUGCUAGUCCAUGUAAAAUGAGAUCAUCAAAUUGUGGUAAACAUAUAUUUGAGGUACCAUUAUCAUAUUGUAUGUCACAGGAGCAACGUACAUCAAAUGAUGAAAAAUUAGAUUGUCCAACUGAAUGUUCAAAAAAUGAUACACAAUAUGUAUGUGGUAGCGAUGGCAAUGUAUAUACAUCAUUAUGUGAAUUAAAAAUGUUAAAUUGUGGAUCAUAUCGUAAAGCGAUACGUAAAGUUAGUAUGGAUAAAUGUAAAAGUCGUUUAAAUCGUUGUAAACAAUUACCAACAUGUAAAGAAUUUAAUAAAUUAUUUGGUGGUAUAUUUUCAUCAAAACAAAAUGAUAAAUUUUGUGGUACCGAUGCAAAAGUAUAUAGUAGCGAAUGUGAAUUAGCACAUGCAACUUGUUUACGUGGUGUUCAAUUGGCACAUGUUGGUGAAUGUUCAAAUAUUAAAGGAAAAGAAAAAGAUUGCGGUGAUCGUUGUACAACAUCAGAAGUUGAAAGUGGGCCAAUAUGUGGUUCUGAUUUAAAUACAUAUCCAUCGAUGUGUGAAUUUAAGAGACGUACAUGUGAAUCACAUGUUGUACCAAUUAAUUUAAAACAUUGUUUAUUAACACAAUAUUGUAAUGCUGAUUGUGAUUCACAACCAUCAAAUUUCGUUUGCGGUUCUGAUUUACAAUUUUAUAAAAAUGAAUGUCAUAUGAAACAGAAAAAUUGUGGUCGUCAUAUUUAUGUUGUACCAAUUGAUCGUUGUUUAGGUGCAUUUUCAUUUAAAGGUUGUGCUAGAAUAUGCCCAAAAGAAUUUGAACCAGUUUGUGGUACAGAUAAUAAAACAUAUACAAAUUUAUGUUUCUUGAAUUUAGAAAGUUGUCGAACAAGAAAUUUAGUAAGAUUACAAUAUUAUGGAUCAUGUGGAAAACCAGAAGAACCAAUGCAAAAUUAUUUAUAUUAAAAAUAUGAAAUAUUUUUAUUUUAUAUAUUAAUUUUUUUUUUCUGAAUAAUAAAAAUUAAAUAUAUGUAUUUUUAGAUAUUUGUAAUAGAUAUAAAGAUAAUUUUAUAAGAUAAUUUUUUUUUUAAUUAAAAUAUUUAUUUAUUAUUUCCUUUUCUGUAUAGUUUUUGUGUUUAUUUUAUUUUAUAUAAAUUAUAUAAUUUUUUUUUUUUUUGGAAAGUAAUCCGUAGUUUUACGUUAUUAUUAUUAUUAUCGUAUUUAUUAGAAAGGCAAAACAUGAAAAGAAUUUUCAUAGAUUAAAAAAUUUUUAUAGACAGCUUAUAUUUAUUUGUUUUAUAAAUAAAGACCUAA